AUGGCUAACCAAACUUCCCGCACCUUUACCCUCAACACGGGAGCCAAGAUCCCCGCCGUCGGCCUCGGAACAUGGCAAUCCAAACCCAACGAGGUCCAGUCGGCCGUGGAAGCCGCCCUCCGCCAUGGAUAUCGUCACAUUGACACGGCGGCAGCCUACAAGAACGAGAAGGAGGUCGGGGCCGGCAUCAAGGCCUCUGGCGUGCCUCGAUCGGAUAUCUGGCUCACCACUAAGCUGGACAAUCCUGAUCAGACGCGCGCAGCCGAGGCGCUUGACCAGAGCUUGAAGAAUCUGGGCACCGACUACGUCGACUUGUAUCUGAUGCAUUGGCCGGCUGCGACGGACCCCAACGACGGGAUGAAGCUGGUGCCGGACUGGAGCUUCAUUGAUACGUGGAGGGAUAUGCAAAAGUUGGUUGGGACGGGCAAGGUUCGAAACAUUGGUGUUUCAAACUUUGCCAUUAAGAAUUUGGAGAAGUUGUUGAGCGAUGAGAGCUGCAAGUCGAACUUCACCCCUGCAACCCAUCGCCCAAGCUCGUCGCCUACAACACCUCCAAAGGCAUCCACAGCACCGGCUACUCAUGCCUCGGAUCAACCAACUCCCCUCUCUACACCAACACCGCUCCUCGAGCUCGCCAAGGCCAAGGGCAAGACGCCGCAGCAGGUUCUUCUCAUGUGGGGGCUGCAAAAGGGCUGGAGCGUCAUCCCCAAGAGCGUGACGGCGUCGCGAAUCGAGGCCAACUAUGCGCUGGACGGGUGGAGUUUGACCGACGAAGAGGUCAAGAGCCUGGACGGCAUUAAGGACCGGUUCAAGGUGUGCGGGGAUGACUGGCUGCCUGUCAAGGUGUUUUUCGGAGAUGACGAGUAG